CAAAACGUUUAGCAACGGAAACCUUUCACUCCAAACGGAAAACAUUUUGCAACGAAAAUAAAUAAAUAUAGGUCCCUCCCAGUUGGUUCUGUUUGCUUCCGCGUAAUGAAUAUACCCUGGGCAAGAAAGAAGUGAAAUGAGAAGCUAGCUAGCUGUUUAGCUACCCGUCUGACUGCUCGGAAAAUGUCAACGUGUCUUAUUAGCUAGCUAGCAUAAUCAAAACUAACUUUGGAAAAGCAUCUAUUCGGCAGUGAUGUGAUUUUCCAGCUUGGUUGCAACUGCCGUUAUUCCUGAGACCCCAGAUGAUCCAGCAGAUGGAGGGGGGGGCUGCUGCUGCCCCCGUCCCCAACCCUCUCUCCGAUCUCUCCUCCCCCCUAACCCCUCCUGUGACCUCUGACCCCCCUCCCUCUCCGUACCCCCGGCCCUCUGCCGGCCCCUUCAUCAGCGAGGACCAGUUUGGGUGCCACUGUUGCUACGACGUCCUGGUAAACCCGACAACGUUGAACUGUGGUCACAGCUUCUGCCGCCACUGCCUGGCUCUCUGGUGGGAGUCUAGUAGGAAGACUGAGUGCCCUGAGUGCAGGGAGAAGUGGGAGGGCUUCCCCAAAGUCAACAUCCUGCUGAGAGAUGCAGUAGAGCGGUUGUUCUCAGAGGUGGUGGGUAGGAGGAGAGCAGAGAUCCAGAGGAACCCCAAGAUCACCCAGAGCCUGCUGGCCUUUCAGAGGUAUGGUGAUCAGGCAGCCAGAGGAAUCCCCAAGGCCAGUCCUGGUAGAGGAGCAGGAGGGUUCUUCUCUGGAGUCCUCACUGCACUCACCUGUGUCGCGGUGAUGUUUCUGGUGUACCACUGGUCCAGUGGAGAUGGGGUCCAUGACCUCUUGGUCAGUAAACCUGUGUCAAAAUGGACGCCGGAGGAAGUUCUGUUCUGGUUGGAACACCUUGGGGCUUGGACCUCUCUCUAUAAAGAACCCUUCCUACAGGAGAACGUUAACGGACGGUUAUUGUUGAUGCUCGGUGAUGAGGAGCUGACCAGACCUCCUUAUAACAUAGACAACCAGGCCCACAGGAGAGCGGUGCUGGCUGAACUGGAGAGGAUCAAGGAACUGGGGGUCAAGCCCCCUCAGAACCUCUGGGAGUACAAGGCUGUGAAUGCAGGUAAAUCUCUGUUCCUGCUCUAUGCUUUGAAGAGUUCUCCUCGCCUCACCAUCCUCUACCUCUACCUCUUCGACUACUCCGAAACCUUCCUCCCCUUCCUGCACACCUGCUGCCCCGCCCUCUCGCGCACCAGCGAGCCAAUGGAGGACAGCCUCCCCCUCAACCACCAGGUGCACCCCAGCUGGCGCCAGUGGGCGGAGUUCCUAGUUAAGUACCUCCUCCUUCCGUACCAGCUGAUCGCUGAGUUUGCCUGGGAUUGGCUGUCGGUUCACUACUGGACGUCACGGUUCAUCAUGGUCAACGCCAUGCUGCUGUCUGUCCUGGAGGGCUGCGUCCUGUGGAGGUUCUAUAACCGAGCUGAGAUCAGGAGUCUCCCUCAGAAGAUGUGGGGUCACUUGUGGAGGAUGUCCUCCCAGGGUUUUGCCUUCGCCCUGUUCUGGCCGGUGAUCCCUCAGUUUGUGUGUAACUGUCUGUUCUACUGGGCUCUGUAUUUCAACCCCAUCAUCAACAUAGACCUGGUGGUGCAGCAGCUAAUGCAUCCUGACACACAAGGGCCGUGAAGGACUGACCUGUUCCCUACGUAGUGCACUACUUUUGACCAGUGCCCCUAUGGGUAGUGCACUAUAUAGGGAAUAGGUACGUAAGAGCCAUGAGUGAGGAGGUACCGUUUAAACACAGGAUGUGUCUUUUUAAUGGCUCCCUAUUCCCUUUAUAGUGCACUACCCAUAAGGACUCUUGUCAAAAUUAGUGCACUAUGUAGGGAAUAGGGUGUCAAGUGCCAUAAAUGAGGAGAUACUAUGGCCUGCCUCCCAAAUGGGGCCCACUGUAAAGGGAAUAGGUAGCCCACAGUAUCAUAGCAACAGGAUGGAUGCCAUCGUAGCCCACAGUAUCAUAGCAACAGGAUGGAUGCCAUCGUAGCCCACAGUAUCAUAGCAACAGGAUGGAUGCCAGUGUAGCCCACAGUAUCAUAGCAACAGAAUGGAUGCCAGCGUAGCCCACAGUAUCAUAGCAACAGGAUGGAUGCCAUCGUAGCCCACAGUAUCAUAGCAACAGGAUGGAUGCCAGCGUAGCCCACAGUAUCAUAGCAACAGGAUGGAUGCCAUCGUAGCCCACAGUAUCAUAGCAACAGGAUGGAUGCCAGCGUAGCCCACAGUAUCAUAGCAACAGGAUGGAUGCCAGCGUAGCCCACAGUAUCAUAGCAACAGGCAGCCAUCUGUGAGCCAGACAACCCAAUGUCUUAAUGUGUCUGUGUCUCAAAUGGCACCCUAUUCCCUACAUAGUGCACUACUUUACCCUAAAUACAUCCCUAAUGGCACCCUAUUCCCUACGUAGUGCACUACUUUACCCU